UUCAAAAUGGCAUCAAUUGGAAUGGGACUGUGUGAUGCGUACUAGCUGGAGUUACCUCAACAACUGAGAAACUGUUAUCACAUCUGAAACUUUAUGUACUAAACUAAUUGUCCAUUGGAUUUUUUUCUUCUAUGAAGCAUUUGGGAUGGUUACUGAUGAAGAUUGUUAUAAGUGAAAUGACGUACGCAUCUGAAUGAAGAUGGUUUUGAAAUAGCAUUUUAAAUAUUUUUUUUAAUUCUCUAAUAUUUUUACAGUUUUGUAUCAAUGGUGAGAAAAAGGCAGAACACGCAUUGGACUUUAAAUGAGCGCAACUCCGCAUCGAUUUUGUUUGGGAAGUUUUGCCACGGUGAAUACCAUGCUACCGAAUGUGCAUGAGAAGUGGACGGCAUAUCACUGGGGGAUAUGGGUUCUGAUGUGCGGAUUGCUGUGCGCUGCCGUGGUGAAUGGAUGUCCUCACAAAUGCAGUUGCUCUGGAUCUCAUGUGGAUUGCCAGGCUCAAGGCUUCAGGACCGUGCCAAAAGGAAUACCUAGGAACGCAGAACGUUUGGAUUUGGACAAGAAUAACAUCACCAGGAUCUCUAAAGUGGACUUCUCUGGCAUCAAGAACCUGCGAGUUCUGCACUUAGAGGACAACCAGAUCACUGUGAUUGAGAGGGGGGCGUUCCAGGACCUCAAACAGCUGGAGAGACUGCGUCUGAACCGGAACAAGCUGCAGGUUCUCCCAGAGCUGCUGUUCCAGUCCACCCCCAAGCUGGGCCGUCUGGAUCUCAGUGAGAACCAGAUCCAGGCAGUUCCUCGUAAGGCUUUCCGUGGGAUCACAACAGUCAAAAACCUGCAACUGGACAGCAACCACAUAAGCUGCAUCGAAGAUGGAGCCUUCCGAGCCCUCCGUGAUCUGGAGAUACUCACCCUCAACAACAACAACAUCACCCUCAUCCCUCUGUCUAGCUUCAACCACAUGCCCAAGCUGCGGACUCUACGUCUACAUUCUAACAAUCUGCACUGCGACUGCCACCUGUCCUGGCUGUCUGACUGGCUGCGGCAGAGGCGGGGCCUGGCCCCCUUCACCCAGUGCAUGGCGCCUGCCAACAUGAGGGGCCUCAACAUCCCUGACGUCCAGAAGAAAGACUUCACAUGUACUGGCCCAGCUCAGGUGAAGCCUCAUACCUGUAUUCCCCAAGCAUCAGUGUGUCCGGCCUCUUGCACCUGCAACAACAACAUUGUGGACUGUCGCCGCAAGGGCCUGACGGAGAUCCCUGCCAACCUACCAGAGGGCAUCGUAGAGAUUCGUCUGGAACAGAACCUGAUUAAGAACAUCCCUGCUGGAGCCUUCUCUCCAUACAAGAAACUCAAGAGGAUUGACCUGAGCAAGAAUCAAGUCUCUGACAUUGCUGCUGACGCCUUCACUGGUUUACGCUCCCUGACUUCACUGGUCCUGUACGGGAACAAGAUAGCUGAGAUUCCUAAGAGGUUGUUUGAUGGGCUUGUCUCUCUGCAGCUGCUUCUACUGAACGCUAACAAGAUCAACUGUCUGAGGGUGAACACCUUCCAGGACCUGCAGAGCCUCAGCCUGCUGUCUCUGUAUGACAACAAGCUGCAGACCAUCAGCAAGGGCCUGUUCGCCCCGCUCCGCUCCAUCAAGACCCUCCACCUGGCUCAGAACCCCUUCAUGUGUGACUGCCAUCUGAAGUGGCUUGCUGACUACCUGUUUGACAACCCCAUUGAGACCAGCGGAGCUCGCUGUAGCCACCCACGUCGACUGGCCAACAAACGCAUCAGCCAGGUCAAGGGCAAGAAGUUCCGCUGCACAGGUACAGAGGACUACCGUAGCAGACUGAGUGGAGAGUGUUUCCAGGACCUGGUGUGUCCAGAGAAGUGUCGCUGUGAGGGCACCGUGGUGGACUGCUCCAAUCUCAAACUGACCAAACUGCCUCCACACCUCCCCGAGCACACCACAGACCUGCGCCUGAAUGACAAUGAAAUGUCCAUCCUGGAGGCUGUGGGGACCUUUAAGAAGCUCCCCAACCUGAGGAAGAUUAACCUUAGCAACAACAAGCUGCGGGACAUACGCGAGGGGGCCUUCGACGGAGCCGUGGGGGUCUUGGAGUUGCUUCUGACGGGCAACAAGCUGCAGGCGCUGCAGGGACGAAUGUUCCGAGGGCUGACCGGACUCAAGACACUGAUGCUGAGGAGUAACCAUCUAGGCUGUGUGGACAACACCACCUUCACAGGCCUGAGCUCCGUACGCCUGCUGUCACUCUAUGACAACCGAAUCUCCACCAUCACCCCGGGAGCCUUCACCACACUGCACUCCCUCUCCACCAUUAACCUACUGUCCAACCCCUAUGUAUGUGACUGUCACCUGGCCUGGCUGGGUUUGUGGCUGAAGAAGACCAGGGUUGUGAGUGGGAACCCUCGUUGUCAAAAACCUGCCUUCCUCAAGGAGAUCCCCAUCCAGGACGUGGCUAAACCCGAUUUCACCUGCGACGGCACUGAGGAGAAUGUAUGUUUUCCAGUGUCUAGCUGCCCAGAGUCAUGCACAUGCUCAGACACAAUUGUGCGCUGCAGUAACCGGGGGCUACGCAUUCUGCCCAAGGGCAUACCCAAGGACACCACCGAGCUAUACCUGGAAGGAAACCUCCUGACAUCUGUUCCCAAAGAACUGUCCAGUCUGAAGCAGCUGUCUCUUGUCGACCUGAGCAACAACAGCAUCAACACUGUGGCCUCCAUGACCUUCAGCAACAUGACUCAGCUCGCCACUCUGAUCCUGAGUUACAACCAGAUUCGGUGCAUCUCGCUAAACGCAUUCUUUGGGCUUAAAUCUCUGCGUCUCUUGACUCUCCACGGAAACGACCUUUCAACUAUACCAGAGGGAACCUUCAACCACUUAACAUCUCUGUCUCAUCUGGCUCUGGGUGCCAAUCCCCUGUAUUGUAACUGUGACCUGCGCUGGCUGUCUCAGUGGGUGAAGGCUGGCUUCAAGCCUGGCAUCGCCCGCUGUUCCGGACCACCUGACAUGGCCGACCGCCUGCUGCUCACCACACCGCUCAACCGCUUCCAGUGCAAAGGCCCAGUUGAUCUGAAUCUGAUGUUGAAGUGUGCACCCUGUCUGGCCGGCCCCUGUCUGAACAAUGGCACAUGUGCCAGCGAUGUGUCUGGCUCCUACCAUUGCACCUGUCCUUUUGGCUACAAAGGACAGAACUGUGAGAUAUCCAUCAACGCCUGCAUCAGUUUCCCCUGUGCCAAUGGAGGGACCUGCCACGUGAUCCCAGGCCAAGAGGACCAGUUCAGCUGUACGUGUCCUCCUGGGUACGAGGGUCUGCAGUGUGAGGUGAAUCCUGACGAUUGUGAGGACAAUGACUGUGAGAACAACUCUACCUGUGUGGACAGCAUAAACAACUAUACCUGCUUCUGCCCCCCAAACUUCAUAGGGGAUCUAUGUGAGGAGGGAGUGGACCCCUGUAUGCAAGGCUUUGACCCCUGCCAGCAUGACUCCAAGUGCCUCCCCCUCACCAAAGGCUACAGGUGUGAGUGCCUACCAGGCUAUGUAGGCGAGCACUGUGAGCAGGACUACAACGACUGUCUGGAGAACAAGUGUCAGCACGGGGCCGAGUGUGUGGACGCUGUCAAUGGAUACACCUGUGUGUGUAAAGAGGGCUUCAGUGGUCUGUUCUGCGAGAACCCUCCCCCUAUGAUCCUGCUGCAGACCAGCCCAUGUGACCAGUCAGAGUGUCAGAACGGAGCCCAGUGUCUAGUGAUGGCUGGGGAGCCUGUGUGCCGCUGUCUGCCUGGCUUCGCCGGAAACAAGUGCCACAAGAUCGUUACCGUCCACCUGCUGGGCAAAGAUGCCUACCUGGCGCUGUCCAGCGCCAAGAUACGCAACUCUGCCCACAUCUCCCUACAGGUGGCUACAGAUAAGGACAACGGUAUCCUGCUCUACAAGGAGGACCAUGAUCCUCUAGCCCUGGAGCUGUACCAGGGACACAUACGCAUCAUCUACGACAUCGCUAACUACCCGCUGACCACUGUCUACAGUGUUGAGUCUGUGAAUGAUGGUCUAUUUCACACGGUGGAGCUCCUGAUUCAGAACCACUCUCUGAGCCUGGUGGUGGACAAGGGAUCCCCCAAGAGUCUGGGCAAGCUUCCCCGCCAGCCUUCUUUGGACCACAGCACACAGCUCUACAUAGGAGGUAUACCCUUAGCGGUGGUGGCAUCAGGCCUGCGUUCAGGUCCCGACCGCAGCCCCCAGGCCUUCAACGGCUGCAUCCACAAUGUCAGGAUCAACGGAGAGCUCCAGGAUCUGGGGGCAGCGCCACGCAGGGGGGAAGGCAUCCUGCCAGGCUGCCACUCCUGCAGUGUGUGUGCCCAAGGCGCCUGCAGACAGAGGGGGGAGACAGGUGUGUCCUGCGAGUGCCCACCCAGCCGCAGCGGAUCCCUCUGUGAUCAGAAGACUGCCCCCAGUCCCUGUCAGAGCAGCAGGUGUAUCCAUGGGCUGUGUGUGCCUAAGGCAUCAUCUUACAGCUGUCAGUGUGCUGAGGGCUACACAGGGCAGUACUGUGACAGGAGAGAGGAGCCCCAAGCCUGUAGGGGACACCAGUGUAGACACGGAGAGUGUAGGGUCACAGGGAGUGGGGAGCCCUCCUGCCACUGCCAGCCAGGCUACACUGGCCCUGCCUGUGCCACCGAUGUGACGUGCCAGGGAGAGGCGGUGCAUGAGCUGCUGAAGCGCCAGCAGCCCAUGAACACGUGCACCUCCACCAGUAAGAUCCCCCGGGUGGAGUGUCCCCGUGCCUGUGACGGGGGCCUCUGCUGCGCCCCAUCUAAGAGCCGGAGGCGGAAAGUGUUCUUCAAGUGCACCGACGGGAGCUCGUUCUCCGAGGAGAUUGAAAUCACCCUGGAGUGUGGCUGUGCCAAGUGCCCAUUCUAAUAUCCAGCUAUCACCAUGGAAACAGCCACAAACUAAAUAAAGGACCUGCUGCCAGAGACCAAAAAUUAAAUAUAUUGUAAAAUAAAACAUAGAACUUAUUUUUAUUAAUGGAUUUUUUUUUAAAGAAGAGACUUGAUCAUUUAAAAUAAAACGUUUUAUAUUAUUGUGUCAUAUGAAGUUAUUUUGUACCUUAAAAAAACAAAAACAGAUUAACAUUCCUGAAAGUAUAUGAAUUUAUAUGUAUAAAUCUAUAUAAAUGUUUAACCCUAGCCCAUGGUUUUUAUUUGCCCAGUGUAUUAUUGCAUGUGAUUGUACGUGUUGAUACGAUAGGCGAGUCUUUGGACACUUUAAAUGUGGAGCGAGAAGCUGAGGAAGCAAUUGUACAAAAAGGCUGCGAAGAGAAGGAGAAGAUGGUGCUGCAUCUCCCCAGACAUAAAAAAGAGAAAGGCAGUCUUUUUCCUGACCUUCAGCUCUGGAGGAGGCAAACAAGGAACUGUCCCACCACCACCUUUCUUCCCAGCUUUAUAACGGACCUUCCCCCACCACCAAGCUAGCUGAGCUCACGCUAAAGGACAUGAACUCUUAUCCACAGAGCUUACAAACAGUGAUUUAUACUUUGUGCCAUAGGAAAACCUUUUACAUUGUUACUGAUUUGUAUUUGUUUGGUGUGCCACAUCAGAGAUUCUAGAGUACCAACGGGCCAAGAUGGCUUCUACAGUUUCCUGUCAGCCAGUGAAGUUCUCCUGAAAUUCUGUACUGUGUGUUUCUCUGUGUUUCUUACAUGGUUGCAUGACAGACACAAAGAGUCUUGAGGCAGAAUGUGAACUUUGUUUAUGAUACGGCGACUGAAGACCCUGCCAAUAUACGAUGGUUCCACCAUAGAAAUAGGAUCCUAGAAUCCUGUAUAUUUUAAUAAUAGAAGGUAUUCUAUUUUUAUGACAAACUCAUGACGUUUGUCCUGGUGUCCAGGUAUCAUCAGCAAGGUAAGGUGUUGCUGAUGUGUCUAUGUGGUCACUGCUCAGUUGGAAAAGGACUUUAUAACACCUGGCCUGGGAAAUCUUUGUUGGACUCGAAUCAUAACCGUCUGUUACUACUAACAUGAUUAAUUAAGCCCAUUAGUACCGGAUUGAAGUCAUCACAGGAGGUGAGGUCUCAUCACAGUCGUCCCCCUGUCAGUCAGAAUAUAUCCAGUAACACUUUGUUCAUUUUGAUUUGAUUAUAGUACAACAUCAGGACACUGCUUUAAUGUACCGUACAUUUCAAAUAAAGUGUUACCAAAUAUACCUCAAUUGAGAGUUUGUCAGUGAUCAAGUUCAGUACUGCCCUUACCCCCAGUCCCUCACCCUAACAACUCCAAUACCACCAUGCCUCAAAAACAUGACAUUGAAUGCUUCUGUAUGUAUGGAACGUGUAGGCUCUACAAUGUACAUGAUCUGUUGUGAGAUUCCUUGUAUUCUAUAAUAAUAACGAGUAUAAUGUUGGCCAUAAUAUAAGUUGCGUUCUCCAGAAAUAUAAUUUAUUUCUGGUAAAACAUGAACUUGUGAAUGGUGAAUAAUUAUGUUGAAUGUUGAAAAUAAAUCUACCGUGAAACGAG